AUGGAGCCUGCACCUUAUGGAGGAGGGGGAUCCCAGCGGCGGGAGGCUCGAGGGGCAGGCGGCGGCGGCGGCGGCACGGCAGCAGCGGCGGCAGGGUGGGGGGCGCGAGCUCGCCCAGGGUCUCGCGCUCCGGCUCGCGCCGCUGCCGCUGCGGCCGGGGGGAGCAGCGGACGCAGCAGAGUGAAGGCGGCGGCAGCACGAGACGCCGGUGAGAAGCGGCGGCGCGAGCGGCUCCCUCCAGUCCCCGGGCGGGCGGCGGCGGCGGAGUCGUCGAGUGGUGCAGACAAAGGGGGAGGAGGAGGAGGAGGAGGGGUGGUGGAGGGCGGUGGGUGGGGAGGCGGCCUCACCGGCGGUGGUGGCGGCAGCCUCGGCCGCUUCUUUCCUCCUCAGCAGCGCCAGGCGGCGGCGGCGGGACCGGGAGAGGGAGCUCGUCAGAGUAAAAGAGAAAAUCCCCCUCAGCGCUGCCCGGGGGAGGGGGGGGCACAAGAUGGCGGCGGCCGGGGAGGGGGUGGGGGGUGCGUGAGUUCAGCUCAUGGAUCCAGGCGGGCGGCUAGGGGGACCGGGCCGGCGGGGGCGGCGGUGGGCAGGCGGGGGAGGGGGCCUGAUCCCGCGUCUCCCCUCAGCAGACAAUACAGGCGCCUCGGAGCGAGUCCCCGAACCUGCCCUGGCCAAAAUGGCGGCCGAGAAAGAGCGGAAGUGACAAUCACGAAAGCAAAAUAUGAGAGGCACCAUGAAAUAGUGAAUACAGCAUGCUUCCAGUUCAGAAAGACUUGCUGAAGUUUGAGAUUAGUUGGCUGUGUGACCAUGGGCAAAUGACUCAACUUCUCAGUGCUGGGGGCAAUUUUAGGACACUAAGUUGCAUACCUGUUGUGGUUAAUGGGCAUUUGGUAGGAGUUUCCUCACUAAGAACUGCUUACAAUGAAAUCACAGGGUUACACCAAACAAAAACUUACAUUUUUACUCUCAUACAGAAUUAUCUAAAACUUACUAUCUUUUUGAGAAAAAGCUCACUAUUACUUAGGAAUGUGUGUAUGGUUUUGUGUUAAAGAUUUUUAAAAAUAAUAAAUAUUAUCUAAGUAACUUUGGGCAAAAUACACAUUCGGCAGUGUUCAACUCUUUGUGACUUCAUCUGGGGUUUUCUUGGCCAAGAUAAUAGAGUGGUUUGAUAUUUUUCUCCUCCAGCUCAUUUUACAGAUGAGGAAACCAAGGCAAAUAAAUGGUGAAGUGAUUUGAAUGGCUAGAAACAUCUGAGGCCAAAUUUGAACUCAGGAAGAUGAGUCUUCUUGACUCCAGCCCAGGAAUUCUAUCCACUGCACCACUUAGCUGCCCAAAUACAUAAUGACCUAACCCAGGCCUGCAUAACCCCUGCAUCCCACUGGUUUACUGCUUGCAGCACUCCAAAGGAUUUCCUCUACAUACAAAGGAUGUUUCCCUCUCCAUUUUUCUCAGGCAGCCUGAAAAUCUUUGGCAGGCCAUAAGUGGCCAAGAGCUGCAGGUUGUGCAGGCCUGACUUAACCUAUACUUACUAAGUAACCCACACAAGGAAUUUAUUUGCCUUUUCUAAAAUAUCAAAACUUUUUCAAAUGCAGGAAGGAGAUAAAUAUAUAACAGUUACACUUCCAACAAUUAACUUAAACUUCCAGUUUGGUGCCAACAGCUGUUCCUUAAUUGUUUUUAAGAAUUAUGAGCCUUUGCUGUUCUAUAUAACUAGCCAUAAUGUGUCUAUAUGUACUUUUGAGCACAAUGGAAUAACACACAUAUGUAAAUUCAUUAUUUAAAAAAUGUAUUUUCUUAGAAAAAGGCCCAAGAAAAGGAAUUCAGUAAAUUGUUUAAAAAUGACUAGAAUAGCAGUUUGAAUCUUGUAUGAAUUGGAUUUUUUUCUCAUCGAGGAAAAAGUUCUUAACAGCUUGACAUAUCUAUGAAUUUAUAGCUAUACAACUUUCAUCUACCUUCAAAAUAUACAUUUAAUAUUAUCAUUAGUCAACUGGUUUAAUUUUUACUAUGAUUUUUCAUAUUAGAAUGCAGUAUUUCAAAUUCAAGGGUUAAAACAGAUCUACUCAUUCAAGCUGCAAUGAGGCAAAGAACCUAAAAUGUUAAUUUAAGAUAGGCUGGUUGCUUUCCUUAUUAGUUUAAGAGAAGAUAUUUUAAACCAAAUGCUGGAUUGUGAAUGUUUUCCAUGUAAACAUUUUAGGAAUAUAUCUCAAUUAUGUACAUACAUAAUUCUUUUA